AUGCAGACGAUACCGCACCUUGUGGAAGGGCCGGACGCGGAAGUAGCUCAUGACGCAGAUGACGAGGAUGAUGAGUAUGAUGAAGACGAUGAUGAGAGCGAUGGUGGUAGUGGAAGUGGCGCGACCGGGAGGAUAGGGGGCAAGAUGUUCACCGGUUUGAAGACGCUGCGUGCUGGCGGAAUGCGCAACACCGGGAGAUGGGGGUGCCCGUUUCUUUUCACAACAGUUACAUUCACAUCCGGAGAUGGCAUUGUUUUUGAAGUUUACGCGAAUGGUAGUAUCGCAAACAUGAUAUGCAACGGUUUCCUCUGA